AUGGACGAUGGUGGCUUUUCCGGCACAGACGAACAAAAUAAUCCUACCAACUACAUUUAUUAUUUGGGCGUUAUUGAUAUUUUGACGCCAUAUAAUACUGUUAAGAAGUUGAUGAUUUCUGUUGUACAUCCGCGAUGGUAUGGUAAACGUUCUUAG